GAGGUUCUGAUUGGUCCAUGGCACUUUUAUCUAUCUAUCCUGAGGUUCUGAUUGGUGUGUGACCAAUUUUGACUUAGUAUUUCCUCCUUGGGAGUUGUGUGUUGAUUGGGUUCGGCCUGUGAUGAGUUCAGUUAAUGAUACUGAAUGUCAGUGCUUACUAGAUACGCACAUGGUGCAGCCAGUGAUAUAUGAAGGGAUUUGUGUUUUGCACAAAAAGGUCUACAAAUCUGAAUCAAGUGUGAAAACAGGGGAAUAGUGUUUAUAGAUUUAAAGAUUGGUCUAUCUUUUGGUAGAUGGCAUUAUGGUUUGGGAUGUUUCCCCGUCAUUGUGAGUCAGCAAUGGAGAAAAACUGCAAUUCUGAGCACAGGCCUAUUUAUUUAUUUCCAUUAAGAAUUUUCGUAAAACUGUAUUAUGACUGUUUAAAAUAACAAACUACUAUCAAUAUCAAUGACCUGAUUAAGCAGAAAUACUGAAGAGACAAGAAAGCAAAGUAAAUCAAAGCGAUCUUUAUUCUAGCUACUUCUUUCACUCAUAAGAGUCCUGUAAAAGUCCAUCAAAUUAAAUCAUCCAUUAAAAAUGAAGCUGAAAGAACAUAGAUCAGAUAAAUAAAAGAAAAAAUAAUAAAUAAAUAAAAAGUAGAGUGCUUUCAAUCAGUUAACGAAAAGAAUCUGAGAACAUGUCUUGAGUCUAGAUUUGAAACUGGCUACCGUUGGAGUACAUUUGAUGUCUUUAAAGGCUUGCAGUUAAGUGAUGCCAUCAAUUCAGCAGAGGGUUAACUAUUGCAGUAAAAGUUAAUAGAUUGUGCCAUGCAGAGCGGGCACAACCUAUAAACAAAAAUAUGCCUAGAGACGCCCGUGGUGGGAUUAUGGUCGCCUGAAGUUUAUUUGCCGUUGAGAACAAGCAAUUUUAAACUACAGGGGGAGGAAAUGUUAUCUAGGAUGAACCAUGGUUUCCCGGUGAAAGACAGUGAGUGAAGAAUAUCUAGAUAUCGUCAAUUGGUCGACCAGCUGUGAGUAAGAGAAUGUGGUCGGACCAUGUGACCACCCCGGAGAAUAGUAGUAGAGUCUUGAGAGAGAGAGCUCCCUCCUCCAACAUGCCUUGCGGUCUACUCAAUCUGUGCGAAUAUGAAACUCACAAACUCGUGAAAAUAAAAAGUGUUAAACUCGGAUCGAUGAAAUGGAUGACUAACGGAAUUAUUUUGAUGUUUAUUUGCAUCAUGCUGUUUUGGAACCAAGAAUACCAAGCAUACGACUUGGUCGUUAGCUCGGUAACCACAAAGGUGAAGGGGGUGGCGCUGACCAGCAUGCCUGGCAUCGGUGAUGUGGUCUGGGAUGUGGUGGACCAUAGCGGCCCUUCCCAGGGGAAGAACUCAUUUUUUGUGGUCACCAAUGUCCUUGCCACGAAGCAACAGAAGCAGAGCAAAUGCCCAGAGACACCCCAGGACGGGAGGUUGUGCCGCUCAGAUAAGGACUGUGAGAUGGGCUACUGGGACCAGCGCAGCCAUGGUGUGCAGACAGGUGUAUGUGUGAAAUUUGAUGUUACCAGAAAGACCUGUGAGGUUGCUGCGUGGUGCCCCGUUGAGAAGAGAAAACACCCUCCAAGGCCUGCUCUACUGGCAUCAGCAGAAAACUUCACUGUCCUGAUCAAGAACAACAUCCGAUUUCCAGCCUUUAAUUAUAUAAGAAGGAAUAUCCUGCCGGAAAUGACGGAUACCUACCUGAAGAGCUGCAUCUUUAACCGACGAACCCACCCGCACUGUCCCAUCUUCCGCUUGGGAGACAUUGUGACUCAGGCAAAGGAGAACUUCACUGAGAUGGCAGUAGAGGGUGGUGUGAUUGGGGUCCAGAUCAACUGGGAGUGCGAUCUGAACCCAUUGUUCCACAGGUGCUUGCCCAAGUACUCGUUCCGGCGGUUGGACGAGAAGGAGAGCAAUAGAACCCUAUACCCUGGGCUGAACUUUAGGUUUGCAAGGUACUACACAGAGAAUAGCAUCGAGCACCGGACUUUGUACAAAGCCUUUGGGAUCCGGUUUGAUGUCAUGGUGUUUGGCAAGGCUGGGAGGUUCAGUGUAAUACAGCUUGUCAUCUAUAUCGGAUCAACACUAUCGUACUAUGCACUGACCACUGUAUUCCUAGACUGGCUCAUUGGGAGCAGAUGCUACUCCAGAGAGGCCAAACACUACUCCGAAAGGAAGUUUGAGUCCAUUCAGGAUCAACAGGAGUGUUUGCUUGGCGUCUCUUUUGUGGAUGAGGACAAAGUACGGUUGGUGAAGAGGUCCAAAAAGAAAAGUUUACAGAAAGUAAAGCCCAUUUCAUUUCACCAGCGGAAGGAUGAAUCUACAAGCUUCAAGGCCAUGAUCAGUGCGCUGCAGACACCAGCCAGACCGGACAUGCUUGCCCAGAAUGGGUCUGAGGCUGACGGGGGAAAGGGGCAGAGCUCUGGCACACCUCUGCUGGAGAUGCCCCGGGGCAACUGCCCCUCGUGGUGCCAAUGUGGCUGCUGCCCCCCCUCUGACCUGCUGGAGGAACAGCUGUGCUGCAGACGGGGGCGGGGGCGCUGCCUCACCUCCUCCCCUCUCUUCCCCUCCCUGGUGCUGAGCCGCCACACACUGGAGACCAUGCUGCUCUACAGGAGCCCCCUGGCGGAGCUGCACGAGGAGGCCCACCUGCGCCAUGAGGCCUAUGCCCAGUACAUCAGCUGGCGGUUUGGAGCAGCUCUGCCCCAGGAGGCGAAGCCCGUCAUGCCCAGCUGCUGUGUGGCCAGGGUCAGAGCGGAGUUCCCCAGCCCUGACGGCCAGUACAGCGGCCUCGGGCUUCGCCAGGCCCUCCGACCCAGCUAGGGUGUCGGCACAAGAAAGACACAAGCUCGUUUUCGUUUGGACUAAUCUCGCUCGCCUUAAUAAAUCUAAGUGUACUUCUGUCAGGUAGGCUCCAAACACAUUCACUUACAGUUGAACUUUUACUGAGGCAAAACUGCUAUGCAGUUAGUACAGUAAGACACUGUUCUGAAUGAAUGAGAAGCUGUUUUGACCUGCAUGCCUUUGCACAUUGUGUGAGCAGUCCCAUACUUGUAUGCUACUGAGUGGAGUACAAGGACUUUGCAUGUCCUAUAAGUAUGUUAUUAUAUUGCCUUUAAGUAUGCUAUUAUAUUGCCUUGUGCACCCAGGACAAAAAUGGCUUUACUUUACUGAAACAUGUUUCUUAAAUGGUCCGCUUGUGUGAUGCUGUUACUAAAGGGAAUUCAGUAAAAGUAGCAGAACAUGAACAUAAACAUGAAUGAACCCUACCAUCUACCAUCACCCUCUCUACAGCCUAACCCUAACCCUGCUUAUUGGUUUGGUUUCAUUCAGAAGGAGGUUAUUCCAGUGGUGCCUGUUGGGGUUAGGGUUAGGUUAACCCUAGUUAUUCCACUGGCGUCUGUUGUCUGAUGUCUCCAGUGGCGUCUGUUGUCUGAUGCCUGUUGAUUUGUAUGAAGCCGGGGUGAUAAUACAGCAUAUCUAAUAUCUAAGUGUGUUACAAUACCACUGCGCUUCUAAUAUCUAAGUGUGUUACAAUACCACUGGACUUCUAAUAUCUAAGUGUGUUACAAUACCACUGCGCUUCUAAUAUCUCAGUGUGUUACAAUACCACUGGACUUCUAAUAUCUAAGUGUGUUACAAUACCACUGCGCUUCUAAUAUCUCAGUGUGUUACAAUACCACUGCGCUUCUAAUAUCUCAGUGUGUUACAAUACCACUGGACUUCUAAUAUCUCAGUGUGUUACAAUACCACUGCACUUCUGCAUGUACACUGACACAUGACAGAGGGUUAGUUUACUAAUGAAGUUUUCUAAACACAGUUCAGAAGGAAUACAUAUAGAUGAUUGGCAGCCUAGAUUAUUUAGACACUGUACAAUCAAUAAAUCAUUCAUGAACUUACCUGCCAUCUUUCUACUCACCCUAACGAUGACGUUGCAUUAAUGCUGAAUACAGCUACUGGGACCUGAGCCGUAACAGGCUAUAGCCCCAGCCGUGAGCCUUGUCUAAGCCUGUUUGUAUUCAAAUAUAUUCAAUAUAUCCAUCUGAUGUAAGAUACUGAAAUAAAGUUUUUACUCUA